GGCGGACGAAGUCGAAGCUAAAUAGAGAAUAAAAGUAUCAGUUUUCACUUUCGAUUUCUGUAAAAUGAAGUCUUCACGAUGUUUCUGACUUCCCACGAGAAGAAUGCCAUGACCAGCCGAGGCAACCCGGACUCAGAGCGCCAAAACCUUCUAGAUCGUCUCCUCGAUGCAGUUAAACAGUGCCAAGUGAGAUAUGGUGGUAAGACAGAACUUGCUACUGACACAGACAGUAGGGUAGCCUGUUUGCUAGCUCAGUUGAUGGCGAUAUUCAACCAUGGACUCAAGAAACCCAAAGGAACAGUUAGAGCAUUUAUGCAAGUAGGCCAAGUUGCUGGAAUAACAAAGCAAGAAGAGCUAGAACCAGCAUUCUAUAGUUUUAUCAAGGAGCAUCUCAGCAAGAACGAACAAGACAGAUUCCUUGCUUUGCACAAUAUUACUACUGAUACUGGCAGAAGUAGAGCAUGGCUAAGAUCGACUUUAAAUGAACAUACACUAGAGAAGAGUAUUCAUAAUAUCCUGGGAGAUAAAAAGCUUCUUAGCUUAUAUUAUGAAGCAGAUGCCUUUUUAUUGGAUGAGGAGAAAGCAAGUAUGCUCCCAAUGAUUGCAGCAGGUGUUAGUUCUAUCUUGUUUGCACUUGGAAUUGAUAAAGAAGAGCUAAAUGUAAUAAAACAGGUUUCUCCUCAGUUGCCAUCAACCAAAGAGGUCUUUUCCAACCUACUUUCAUCUUUUCCUGCAGCAAAGCCCAAACCAGAACCAGUUGCUGUUCUGGCAGAAUGUACCAAACAAGACGAUACAAAGAGGAAGAAGAAGAAAAAGAAGAAGGGCGCUGCCAUAGUAUCUAUUGAUGAUGGUGACAGUAGUACCCACGGGUCAGCUGAAGAGCUCAAUGUCACUCAUCAACAUCCUCAUGAUUCCAAAGUUUUUCCAUUUAGUGACUCCUCAACUUAUUUUUCAAAACAGACCAAGAAAACUACUAAAUCAGGACAUUCAAGAUCAUCAUCUUAUCCYGGAAAAAUUGCCUUAGAAACUGAGACUUCUGAGCAGAACUUAGGAACAAGUUUACCCAAGACUGUUAGCUCUGGAUUUGGUUUUAGUCGUCAGGGAAUCUUAAGGGAAAUUUCACUUUCAGAUACUAGUCUGACGGAGGAUAAUAAAUUAGAUGUGAAAUGGACAAAUGAUAAUGAGGAUGAUAAUUAUGAGAGAGUUCAAAGUCGACCUCAUCUCGUAAAGACUUCUUCAUUCAGUCAGGCUGUAGAUACCAUUGAAGAAACAGAUGAACUCCUAAAUGAAGAGGUUAAGGAAACUGGAACCUCUUCAUUUGGCAUCCAUGGCAACAAAAGUACUAUGGAAAUAAAUAGGAAUAUUAAAGAACGAGACAAAGGAAUUGAUGUCAAUUCUAGUAAUGAUUUAUUGGACAAUUUGUGUGUAGUAUCAAAAGACUUUGAUUUAGUUGAUGUGCGAGAUAUGAAUGUUAGUAAUGGCAAAAACAAACAAGAGAAUGUGUUUUCAAUUAAAUCUUUUAGACAGUCAAAAGAAAAGCAAAAUUCCACAUCAAAUGAGGACAAUAAACGACAGUCUCUUGAAGAGAGUGAAUUGAACAACCAAGACAUUUUGUCAACCUCGGUCAGCAGGGAUGAAGACUCCUUGUUGGAAAUGGGAGGAGAUGAUGGUCUCAUGCUGCUUGGUGAACAGAAAACUACUAGAUCUCAAGAUUCAUCGACAGAUAAACCCGAAGUGGCAGAGAACCAAGAUGGUGAAGAAAAGGAAGAUGGAGAUAGUUGUAAGGAUUCUGUUUCUUUAUCAAGUAACUCCUGGUUUGAUGACAAUGAUGACAGAGCAGACCAAAGUGAAGAUGAUUUCCUCCGAAGAGCAAGGUCCGAGUCGUUGUCUGCCGCUACAGAUGCUGCAGCAGCAGCACUGGAAUUCUGUACCCCACCACAUGCCAAGCAUAGUAGCAUUAUGUCCUCAAAUAGUGAAGGAAUCACCUCUAGAAACAAUAUGCUUGGUGCUCAACAUGAAGGAAUGACAACAAGUGAGCUUAAGCAAGCAAUAGUCUCCAUGAUGUUGAGAAAAGAUGAAAUUGAAGACCAAAACAGGGUCUUGUGCCAACUUGUUGAAGAAAAAAGGCAUGAAAAGGAAGUAAUGGAGGCAGAGAUGGAAAAAAUGAAACUGGAAAAUAAGACCAGGGAAGACAAGGAUGCUUCUAAAAUCACAGCAUUAACAAGAGAAAAUGAAGUUUUGAAACAUCAGCUGAAGAAAUAUGUGGGUGCUGUACAGAUGUUGAGGAGCAACAUGAAUGACAAAAAUUCUGUUAAUUUACAAGGGAUAAGAAAAGAUGAAGUUCUACCAACGUUACCAGAAAAGAAACAUGACCAAGGCAUGGACAGUGAAAAUGAAGCAAAUGAAUAUGAACAAAAGCUCAUUCAAGUUGCUGAAAUGCAUGGAGAGUUAAUGGAGUUUAAUGAGCGUCUGCAACGGCAGCUGAACUACUGGCACACAAAAUCUCAAAGACAACAGGAAGAACUUGUGAGCCUACGUGGACCGCUACCAGAGGAUAGUUCCACAUUAGAUUCUUCAGGUCUCUCCAGUUCUGAUAUCGCUGUGCCCAACAACAGACCUCUCAUCAACAUCUGGAUUCCCUCUGUCUUCUUGAAGGGUAAAGGUUCAGCAGGGGUUUACCAUCUUUAUCAGGUUUAUAUCYGUAUUAAGGAUGAUGAAUGGAAUGUUUAUCGGCGCUACUCACAAUUUUAUGAUCUUCACAGAAAGAUAUGCAAGAAGCACAAAAUUGCAGAAACCUUCAAUUUUCCUUCCAAAAAGACAUUUGGCAACAAGGGAACCAAGUUUGUGGAAGAGAGACGCAAGGUUCUCCAGGAAUACAUUCGGCACGUAGUCAACUUAAUCAUAUCAGUACACCCUGAGCUGGCUACCAAUUCAUGCAAGGCUACUCUACUAGAAAUCAUGCCAUUCUUUGGUGAUCCAUAUCCCAACAAGAAGUUAGGUCAGCAAAGAAAAAACACAGUUCCAUAUGAUGGGUUAUAACACACGUUUUAUACUAAGUGAUAUUAGUGACUCUUACCUAACUUUCAUUUUUGAAUUUAUGAAUUUAGGUUGGCUUACAAUUAUUUGGGAGGGAACAGUUUUUAUAAUAUUUUAAUUAUUCAAAUUGCACUGGGAGAUUUUAUUGGACAUAAUGAAAGAUGAUAUUCUGCCAACUCACUUGAAUUUGAUUUUUCACUGCUGUCACUCAAAAAUAAUCAGUUGGUAACCUUCAUAUUUUUGACUGGUGGCAGUGAAAAACCAAUUUUACACUGUUGAAAUGUCAGAGUUCACAGAAUAUCGAAAACCACAGUGAUGAUCAUAAAAGGUAUAGCAUCAUAUGGAGGUUGGAGUAGAAAAGUAGAAUACAGUAAAUGUGUGGAAACAUCAACUUCAACCUCAAUCAACGUAGAAAAACAAAACCCACUUUGAAAUUAUCAUGGAUGUAAGGCUAACAGGAAAGUGACAUGAAAGAAAAGAAUUGCCACAAAUUUUGUCAAGAAAAUGUGAUCAUUUCCUAUUACCCUCACAUGUAAAAGAAAUUUUGAAAGUGUUUUUACUUGUUUAUAAGUUGCUUUUUUAUGCAUAUCAAAAAAUUAUGUCAUAUAGCUAAAGAAAAUGCAAAAAAAUGAAUAACAUUUAUUCACUGCUCUUAAUCAAAAAAUUUAAGAUACAAACAAAUUAAAUCAAAUCAAAUUUCUUUAACAAAUGGAAAAUUUUAUGCUCUCUUCACUUUGAUUUCUGUUGUGUACUAUCGAAUCCAAUUUUUGAGUCCAAGAAUCUAACCGAAGACGAGACCCCAGAAUAAGCCUGAAGCGAGAUGACGUUUUACUCCCAACUCUAUACCAUAAUAGUUUUUAAAAUUCUUUUAUAUUAAAAUUUUUGAUUCCUUAGAGAAUACAGGAACAAAAGUAAUAAUCAAAGAACAAAAGCAAUGUGAAAAGGAUUAUGGUCUAGAGACGGGGGUAAAACGUCAUCUCGCUUCAGGCUUAUUGAGGCGAGUGCACUCUCGCAAAGCCACCCUGUUCUGUGUACUAUCUAGCUAGAUAAUCCAAUUUCAACCCAUCUGGACUCACAUUGGUGCUCCCCAGAGUGAGGCUAGAGGGGUUUAGAAUUUGCAACAAAAACAACAUUGAUUACUUUAUGAUAUCCCACAUGGUAGAAAAUGGCUGUUGUUCAUUAAGCUAACUUUCCUUCGACCACAGGAAAUUAAGGCUGCUAUAGAAUGAAAUAAACGAUUCAGCUCUAGCUUGCUUGGCAAA